CGCGAGUUCAAGUCUAUAAAGUCACCAGCACCUACCUCUCGACAGCAACGAGUCUCAACGUCAUCGGUACACCCUUCAUAACUUCAUAGAACGUUGUCAUUCUUAACCGACAUUUCUUCUACAAACCGCCAUCAUGCCUAUGGUAACUGCAGCUACCAGCCUGCGACGGGCUUUGGAGAACCCUGACUCCUUCAUUGUCGCCCCCGGGGUCUACGAUGGACUGUCGGCUCGUGUCGCCCUUUCCGCGGGCUUCGACGCUCUGUACAUGACCGGUGCUGGUACCGCUGCCUCGGUUCACGGCCAAGCAGACUUGGGCAUCUGCACUCUCAACGACAUGCGCGCCAACGCCGAAAUGAUCUCCAACAUCUCCCCUAGCACUCCCGUAAUUGCCGACGCUGAUACCGGCUACGGCGGCCCCAUCAUGGUCGCGCGCACGACCGAGCAAUACUCGCGGUCUGGAGUCGCCGCCUUCCACCUCGAGGACCAGGUUCAGACGAAGCGCUGCGGACAUCUUGCCGGCAAGAUUCUCGUGGACAGGGACACCUACGUAACACGGAUCCGGGCAGCAGUGCAGGCCCGCCAGCGGAUUGGUAGUGAUAUUGUUGUGAUCGCCCGGACGGAUUCCCUUCAAACCCACGGCUAUGAGGAGAGCGUCGCAAGACUGCGGGCCGCGCGCGAUGCAGGCGCGGACGUAGGAUUCCUCGAGGGAAUCACGUCCAGGGAGAUGGCCCGGCAAGUGAUUCAGGACCUGGCGGGGUGGCCGUUGCUACUGAACAUGGUGGAGCACGGGGCCACGCCGUCGAUCUCAGCGGCCGAGGCCAAGGAGAUGGGCUUCCGCAUCAUCAUCUUCCCAUUCGCGGCAUUGGGACCUGCCGUUGCAGCGAUGCGCGACGCAAUGGAGAAGCUGAAGAGGGACGGCAUCCCGGGGUUGGACAAGGAGAUGACACCACAGAUGCUCUUCCGUGUGUGUGGAUUGGAUGAGAGCAUGAAGGUGGAUGCGCAGGCGGGGGGUGCUGCUUUCGACGGAGGCGUGGACCUGAAGUAGUUUGAUGAUUUCUUUGCGCAGUACAUACCUUGGGGCCUACUUGAGGCUUAGAAUAUAAUUGUAUAGAUGUAAAUACAUUUCAUUUGAUCUGAUCCCGGAGAGCAGUAAGACAUGGAGGCUGUUCGUCUCGAGGGUAUAGCCAUAAAAUGAGAAUGUAGGUAACUUAGGACUGAUUGUUGCAACUGAAUGGUGCUGACUGAGCACCGAAUAGGCAAUCGUCUAACCCUAAUUAGGCCAACGACACGGAAUUCGAAAGGAGGUGCUUAGUCACGCCGGAUCAUCGGGCCCCAAAUUGAA